AUGGAUCCUUCAAGUCUCUUAUCUAAAGAAUAGAAUGCAGUAGUUGUUGAUUGUGAAAUAGAAGGCACAACAAAAAUAACUUAUAUAGAACCAAUAAGAUUAUAAAAGAGAAGAAUAGUACUUGGAGUGUUUCUCUCUGUAAUCACAAGCUUCUUGUUCACAUUAGCUUGUAGUUGGUCAAAGAAGCUUGUAAGAUAGUUUUUCUUUAAAGAAUCAUAAUUAGACAAGGCUACACAUAUAUGGAUUACUAAUAAUGAUAAUUCAAAUAACAUCUCAAAGUUAGAGAAUAAGCAAAACUAAAUAUAUUUCAUCAACAGAAAAUUAAAGUAUAUCUAUAAUAGUGCUAUGAAUACAUUUAAAGCUCUUGAAUAUGAUUUGAAAACUAAAAGAGAAUUACUGUAAGCCACUGGUAUAUAAUGUAAGCAAAAGAUUAAUUAACUUAGACCCCAAUAAAUUUCAAGAAGAGUAUGGAAAAUGUAUAAUUGAUAUUCCAAAACCUAAUUUAUUUGUGUAUUUGGUGAAAGAAUUAACAGCCCCAUUUUACAUAUUAUAGUAUUUGUCAUGUUUUUUGUGGGUAUUAGAAGGUAAUGAUUGAAUAAUAUUAAAAGACUUGGCAAUAUUGUCAAUAAUAAUGAUAUCCGUUUCAUUGAUAUUUACAACAAUAAACUUUUUACUACUUUAGAAUUCAGCCAAUAAAUUGAGAAACAUGGCAAAGAGUUUAGCUUAAGUUUAAGUUUAUAGAGGGUAGUAACCCUUUUAUUAAUAAGGAAUUCAAUUUAAGAAGAUUGAUAGUAAAGAUUUAGUACCAGGAGAUAUAAUUGCAAUUGAGAAUAAAAUGAUAUUGCCUUGUGAUUGUGUCUUAGUUUCUGGAGAUUUAUUGAUGAAUGAAGCUUCUUUGACAGGGGAAUCAAUUCCUAUUCCAAAGAUUCCAGUAGAAGAUUUGGAUUAACCAAUUUCAUUCAUGGCUGAUAAAAGACAUUGUUUAUAUGAAGGUACAAAGGUUUUACUUGCAAGACCUACAUAUUAAUAUGUUAUUGCAAUAGUAGGAAGAACAGGAUUUAGCUCUUUUAAGGGGUAGAUAUUUAGAAGUGUUUUAUAUCCAAAAGUUUAGCCAUUUCCUUUUUACAGUUAAGGAAUAAAAUAUUUAAUUUGUUUAGCCAUAUGUGUUUUGAUUGUUUAUUUUGCAUUACUACCAAGAAUGAUUUCUGUUGGAUUUAGUUUCAUGAUUAUAUUUUUAAGAUUUUGGGAUGCAUUAACAUGGAUAGUACCUCCAGCCUUACCUAUUUUUGUUUCAAUGUGUUAGACAUAUUCAUUAAUUAGAUUAAGACAAAAAGGCAUUUUUGGUAUAGAUCCAAGUAAAUCACUUGUUGCUGGUAAGAUCAAUACAGUUUGUUUUGAUAAGACAGGAACAUUGACAACAAUAGGAAUAGAUAUGUUUGGAUAUUAAUUAAGAAAUUAAUCUAAAUUUGGAAAAUUCAUAACCAAAAAUUAAGUGAAUUAUAAAAAUAGUUUAGAAUUUAAAUUAUUUGCUACUUGUCAUGGAACAUAUGAAAUAGAAGGUGAUUUAAUGGGUGAUAGUCUUGAUGUAGAAUUAUUUAAAUUUACAGAUUUUAAAUUUGAAAAACAUCCUCCUUAAAAUGUUAAAUCUAGAGUUGUAAAUAGAGAAGGUAUUGUAUUGGAUGUACUUAAAUUGUAUGAAUUUGAAUCAGCUUUAUAAAGGAUGAGUGUAAUAGUAAAAGACAAAGAUGAUUAUUAUGUUUUUGUUAAAGGUUCGCCUGAAAAGAUGGCAGAAUUAUCUAUUCAAAAUACUAUACCUAUUGAUUUUAAGAAAACCCUUAAUUUAUUGACAAUGAAAGGACUUAGAAUAUUAGGAUUUGGAUAUAAAUAAAUAAGUUAAGAGGAAAGUGAAAGAUUAAUGAAUACAAGUAGAUAAGAAUGUGAAUAAGAUAUUUAGUUUUUUGGAUUGUUGGCAAUGGAAAACAAAUUAAAACAUGAUACUCCAUAUGUUAUUAAUUUAUUAAAUAAUGCAUAAGUUGAUCUAAAAAUCAUUUCAGGUGAUAAUCCUUUAACUACAGUAUAAUGUGCUAGAGAAUGUGGAAUAAUCCCUAAUGGUAAGCCAGUCUUAUUGUUAGAUUAUAAUGAAAAAGAAGUAUUUAUAUUCAUCAUUUAAUUAGUAAUAAUUAUCCUUAGAUGAAAUAGGUGUUUUUGAAGAUAAUUUGAAUGACAAUCAAUCAAAAUAAAAUAGUGAAAUUGAAAUACUCAUUGAUGAUUUUGAGGAUGUAAAUGAAUAAACAUUAGAUCAUUAAUAGAUAAUGAAUAAAUUAGUUUAACAUUUAUUGACUGCUUAGAAUAUCAAAAGAUCAAUUAUUUCUGAUAAUGAUAAUCUUAGUACUAGUCAUUGUUUUGCAAUGAGUGGUAAGGCAUUUGAUUAUUUUUGGGGUCAAUUACCUAAAGAAGAAAUAAAAAAUCACAGUAAAUAAUCUUUUGCUGGAUUUGAAGAACCAAUAGAUAAUGUAGAAUAAAUAAAAAUAUAAGGAUUAAGUAAUGAUGAACUUCAUCAUAAAUUAUUUGCUUCAAUAUGUUUAAAUGCAAGAGUUUUUGCAAGAAUGAGACCUGAACAAAAAUCUAUGGUUAUAGAAAAACUUUAACAAUUAAAUAAAAUGGUUUUGAUGAUUGGAGAUGGAGCUAAUGAUUGUGCAGCUAUCAAAUAAGCAAAUGUUGGUGUCUCAUUUGCUUAAAGUGAUGCUGCUUAUUCAGCUCCUUAUUCUAGUUCAGAUGAUAGUAUUGAUUGUGUAAGAUAGAUACUUUUAGAUGGAAGAUGUGCACUCUAGAAUGCUUUAGAAGUAUUUUAGUAUUAUGUUGGAGCUAGUGUUAUAAAAUACACAGCAGCUAUGAUAAAUAUGGCUUUUGGAUAAAACUUUGGAGAUUUACAAUAUAUUGUUAUCAAUUAUGUGGGUUCUUUGCCUUAUUUAAAGUCAAUAUCCCUUUCUAAACCUUCAAUCACUUUGACAAAAGAUCUUCCAAAUGAAAGUAUGAUGGCUAUUUCGAAUGUAGCAGUAUUAAGUUAUUAAAUCUUAAUAGCCUCAAUUGGUUUGAUUAUUAAUUUUUUAUAUUGGAAUAGUUUAGAAUGGGAGAAUGAACCAUCAGUAAUAAAUGGUAAAUUUUCAAAAGAAGGAACAAUUCAAACUACUCUUUUCAAAAGUAUGUAAAUCUACUUUAUUAUGGCAGUUAUUGCUAUUUAUACUUCAAGACCAUUCAAAUAGAAAAUAAUUACUCACAAAAUUAUGUUAAUGUUUAUAUGCAUAAGUUUAUUCUUUACUUUAUGGAUCUUCUUCACUUAUUAAGAAUGGCAAUUCAAAGUAUUAAAAUUACAUAAUACAAAUGAAUAACAUGGUAGAUCCUAUAAUUUUAUGCAAUUUAUUUUAACCAUAAUAGUAGGAUUGGUAAUGCUAUUAGGAGAUGAAUAUUUCAUAAGGAGAGUAUUUCCUAAUAAAUAGAAAUAAAUAAAAAAGUCUAGAGUUAGACCAAGUAUGUCAAGUAAUGUUUCUUGA